AUGGAGGGUCGGAGCGAGAAAAAUGGACAACUAACAAUUACGCCGAGUUCGUCAGCAUUGCCACUCAUUGUGAAAAAAAAAUCUAAACUAAAGCCUGGUCUCGCUAUUGGAAUAAGUUUCGUGCUAAUGUUCAUCUCUGUGGUAACAAUGAUGGUCAUCUAUGACUUUGCUGCUGCUGGCAUGCUAGGUGUCAAAAAAGGCCACGAACAAAUUCAGAAAAGUGAGAUGAACAUGCAAAAAGGAGUGCGAACUGUCCAGAAUCUGUGCCCUGUGCACGACUUCCCUCAUGAUUGUCCACAUAGAACACUUCAUCCAUACCCCACUGAUUUUAAACAACCUUUUCGAGACUUGACACGAGUCCACCGAUUCCUCAGAAAACUUCGACCAACACAGAAUAAUACCCUGCAAGCAACGCAGGGUAACGUGAAAAUAGUAGGCAGUAUUUGUCUUUACAACCAGUGCUGUUGCGGCUCACAUCCAGCCUUAAGGGUGAUUUUGGGUAUAAGGAAAAAUCAAACACUCACCACAAUCAGGCGAGUACCAAAGCAGCAUGAGUUUUUCGACUAG